ACAGAGGCAGUUGGAGCUGAACCUGGAGGAUGAGGAAGGCUGGGCUCCUGGGGCUACUCUGGAUGUUCCUUGGGUUAGAAGUCCAAGCUGCCACUGAUCCAGAUGAGGAAAGGUAUGACUUAGUUGAGGGACAGACCUUGACAGUGGGCUGUCCCUUCAACAUCAUGAAGUACUCCAGCAGCCGGAAGGCUUGGCAGAGGCUGCCAGACGGAAAGGAGCCCUUGACACUGGUGGCCACAGAGAAGUCGUCUGCAAAACCCAGUGAAGUCCACAUGGGGAAGUACACCCUGAAAGAUGGUGAGGCCAUGUUACAUGUCCAAAUGACUGACGUUCGAGUGACAGACUCUGGAUUGUAUCGCUGUGUGAUUUAUCGCCCUCCCAACGACCCUGUCCUACUCUUCCAUCCUGUCCGCCUGGUGGUGACCAAGGAUUCUUCAAGUCUGGUCACCCCUCACAUCAUUCCGACUAAAGUUCCUGACCUUUUUACCACAGAAAACAUGCACAGAGACACAGCUAUGACCCAACCCUUACCUAAGUCCACAGAUGUUGUCUCUUCUCCUGACCCUGGAGUCACCUUCACAAAUGCAACAAACGUUCCCAGGGUCUCCACGUCCAGCAUUGUUGUCCCUGUGGUCUGUGGACUCUUCAGUAAGACCCUGGUCUUCACGGUCUUGUUCGCUGUCACACAGAAGUCAUUUGGAUGACAGACCAUGAUGCCACGCACAGUGACCUCUGACUUUCAGCCAUGUCUGUCUCACGGGAGGAGCUGGGGGUGGGGGCUAAGGAGGGCCUGUAAUCGUGGGUGGCAUCUAAGGCUCAGGAUGUCCUGCUGGCCCUGCUCACCCCCUCAGUCCACCCUCAUCCUUGCUGUGUGCUGUGCACCUCAGAAGAGGGCAAACUGCCCAGGCCUCUGGCCAUUGUGCCUGAGUAGACCAGUUGGCCUGCAAUAAAGACAGAACCCAGUGCUCCUAGUGACACCUUCCAUGGAAGUCGGGAGAUUUAGGGGUCAUCACUGUUCACCCUGCCCCUGUCCUUCCCUUGGGCGGUGCAAUUCUAGCCACCUGGGCCGGGCCCUUGCUCAUGAAGCAGCCUGCUCUCCCAGCCUCCGGGGGCCUUCCUCUCUGGGAAUCCGGCACUCAGAUUUGUCUUCAUCUGUGGUCUUCUGAACACCUGCAAUCAUGGACCAAGAAGACAAGAUCCCACCUUGAGGCUUAUGCAACUGGGAGAGAGAAAUCGAGCUGGUUGCUGUUGUCUGGGAAACUCUUGGAGAAGGAGAUGGCAUCCAUAGGAUUACAUCAGUACAUGCACCAACAUGUGUGUGCCUUUAUCAUUGACUCCUCAGUGCAACCGGUGAAGACCAGGGUGCAUGUGACCAGAGGGAGGCCACAGGAGUAGCAGGCCAUCACCUUCUGGCAGGAGUAAAGUCUAGAGAGUUCCCUUGCUGAAGGGCUCCAAAGGCAGAAAUGGAGAGCCAGGGCUCCGCUUCCAGCUGAAUGCCGUCUUCCUGGCCUGAGACAGGGGCUGGCAUGGCAGGGGCAGGAGCCCAUCCCAGGCUGGGGAGGCUGUCCCUGCUGUGCCCCCCCCACUCACCUCCUGUUACCUCUGUCUCCUCCCAGGUGGCCCUGAUGCUGUUUCUGGGACACACGGUCGUUUUCUUGUUUCCCAUCUCUUUGGGCUGUAAGGACAAAGGGACCCCGUGGGUGAGGAGAGGAUGGUGUGUUAGCUCAUUCUACUUCAGCAAUGGCUGGGGCCAACUGCAUCCUAAGGUUCCCAAGAGCAAGCACAUCUCACCACGCGGCAUCUCAGUCAGGAGGCUGAGGCGUAGCUGCUCCUCCACCUCAGGCCAGGAAAGCGCCUUCCUGGCAGGGAGGCUUUCCCCUACUCCGUGCAGAGAUUCCAAGCCUUAGGCAUGCUUCCAGGACGUUUCCCUGUGAACACAGCUCUCGGUAUGAUCCUGCACUGAUGAGACACAGGGCAUUGCCCACCCCACAGUCUCAUGUUGGGAGAGGCCUCGCUGGAAUUCUUUUCCUUGGUGCUCUGGCAUGAGUCUUUGGAGGAUUGACCCAGAAGGUGGUCUUCUCAGAGUGUUUGUUUCUGCCCAAAGAACCAAGCAGGAGGCUAUGGCCCAGUCAAGGCCAAGGUGGUGUAGUGCUUGCCACAGAAGCUUGAGGACCUGCGUGCUAGCCACAGAGACCAUGUGAAAAAGCUGGGUUAGCAGUGGCAGGCGGUUCCCUGGGGCUUGCUGGCCAGCUAGAGACCCUCUCCCUGCCAGUGAGAGAUCAUGUCUUAAAACAAAGAAACAGAAAAACAAAAAAAAAAAAAAACCAGGGAGGAAAGCUACACACACACACACACACACACACACACACACACACACUUGCAAACGUUGUGUGGUGUCUGCUGUUACAGUUCUUUGCUUGUCAGCUUGCUGUAGCCUAGAAGUCAGCUAUGAAGAGAGUCUCAGUGGGGAACUGCCCCCUGCAGGCAUGUGUAUGCCUCCCCGUCUUGACUGAUGGUUGAGGUGGGAACGCUCACCCCGUAUAUGGUCAGCACCAUUUCAUAGACUGUACCCUGUGCCCUAUACGAAUAAGGAAUCCGAGCUGGUCAGAAGCAGGCAGACCACAAGAAUGCAGCUGUUCAUCCUCUCUCUGCUCUUGACUUGGGGUGUGGUGUGCCCGGCCACUCUGAGUUCCUGCCUUGACUUCCCUGCAAUAAUGGACAGUGACCUGGAACUGUAAGCCAAGUGACCCCUUCCCCUCACCGAUUUCUUCUCAGCAGCAGAAUGAGAUCAGGGAAAUGGUGCCCAUCUGAACUCUAGCAGCUGGGAGGCUGAGGCAAGAAGACACAGGGUUCGAGGACAGUCUGGACUCCAUGAUGGAAUCCCGUCUCAAAAAGAAAAAUACACAAAAACAAGGAGUAGUUUAGACUCAGUGACUGUACUCAUGGUACACACUGUCUGUGUCCUCAAGAUAGCUGGCCUAGCUGGAGUCUUGGGCCAGAAUCACUUAGGCUGUUUGUUAAAAAUGCAGAUCUUGGCCUUUCUGCAAGCCUCUGCAAGACUCAGAGCCUCCGAGGGUAGAACCCAGAUGCCCAGCUUCAUGAGUAAUCUAGCCAUAUGGCCCUACUGAGAACUAUGGGUGGAAUGACAUUAAAGAUGACUCAAGGUCUGAGGACAUGCCUCGGUUGGUAAAGCCCAGAGACAACCAAAACACCAGAUGUGGUGAUGAACACACAUAGUCCAGCUCUGGGAGACAGGCAGCCAGGCUACUUGGCGGGCGAGGUUCAUGCCAAUGAGAUAUCCUGUCUCGGAAAAACAAGGCGGUGUCUGGAUAAUGACAUCAGAUUGGCCCCUGGCCUCGGAAGGUGGCAAGUCCGUAUGUCUCAACAUCAUUGGCUUGGGGAGAACUGUGUGAGGGCUCAGUGGACGUGACAAUGUCUUGGAGCCCAGAGACCGCAGGUGUGGUGGAGAAUGGCAGUCACAGAGAGUUUCCCAACAAACCUGUGAUGUCACAGCUGGGAGGAGCCUGUCUGAGGGACUCUUGUUUCUUCAUUUUCCCCGGGCAGUGUCCUCUUGUCACAUUUCCCUCACGGUUUCUCAAUGGGACAAAGCAGUGGCGCAUCAGGAAGCAGAAGUGAGUCAGCAUCUAAGCGGGCAGCAUGAUCCAACCGUACGUAAGAGCUUGGCCCCUUGUCUCUGGCCGCUGGCAGAUAGCACUCCCAGGAAGGAGCAUCAGAUGGAGGAGACAGGGACUUGGGGUGCACAGCUGCCUCUAUGGCCGGGUCUGUUGCUCUGCAUCUCGGGUAAGGAGAGGUAGGUGAGGAACGGAACGUAGAGGAUGGGGUGCCAGCAAGAGGAAUGGACGGUAGUCCUGCUGAAAGAAUGGAGUUAGAGCAUCGUGACCCAGCAGGGAACAGGCCAUGAACAAGCUGGAGGUUCUUCUGGGCCAUAUUGAAGUUGAGAAAGUUAUGUGGUGGCAACCAGACUACCCAGGGCUGUGCUGAUACCCACCUAAAGGCAAACCUGGGAAGCAAUCUACGUUAAAGGGCCAGUCAACCACAGGACGGCAUAAAUGGCGUGCAUAUAACAAAGUUAUCCUCAGAAUCACCAGCAGGUUGAUGGGAAACACAUGACUCAGUAUUUCACACAUAAUAAACAAUUAAUAAACUUAUAGGGGAUGAUGGCCGUAAGUGUAAACUGGCAUGGGUGGCCCGUGGCAUGAGAGGCCAAGAAGGAAGAAAGGUUAGUGCUGUUGGCUCUUGUUCAGUGGAUGCUCCUCUGGGCAGAUGGACAGAAGGGAGGACACCAGGGAUGAGCUGAAAGGGCCACGUGCCAGGCAGCAAUGGGCAUGUCUGAGCCUCCAUAUAUAGAAUAGAAAACAAUACGGGUAUGGUGGUGUAUACCUAUCAUCCAGCAGUCAGGAGGCUGAGUAAGGUAUGGUGGUGUAUACCUAUCAUCCAGCAGUCAGGAGGCUGAGUAAGGUAUGGUGGUGUAUACCUAUCAUCCAGCAGUCAGGAGGAUGAGUUGGGAGGGCUGCCAUGAGUCUGAAGCAGCCUAGGCUAUGUGUUGAGUUCAGAUCAGCCUGGGUUGCAAAGCGAGACCUUGGGAAGAAAGAAAGAAAUGAAGAAGAAGAGAGAGAAGGAAAAAGAAAAAAUGCAGGACAGGAAGACAGACAGGUGGAUGGCUGCCUGCACAUGACACACAUUUCUAGAAAAAGGAAUGAUGAUGUAAUCCUGGUAGAGAUAUUUUGUAACUUUUCAAAUGAAAAAUAUGCAUCCUAUAAAAUGCAGAUAAAAUAUUUACUGCAAACA